AUGCAACUCAGUUUCCCAAUGACCAGUUUUUUGGCCAUUUUGGCUCUAUCUACAAACGUAGCCUGUUUCCGAGCACCGAGAGCUUUGCAACCUCGGGCCGAGACGGUUGCUGUGGCUAGUUUCCCACAAGGCAUGUCGCAAACUGUGAAAGCGAACAUUGUGUUCUCAGCCAAAAGCAAUGAUCCUGUUCUAGUCCAUGUUGAUCUGACGGGCUUACCUGAAGAAGGAGGUCCCUUCUACUAUCACAUUCAUGAAUACCCGGUUCCUGCGGACGGAAAUUGUGAUGCCGUUGGUGACCACUUCAACCCAUUCAAUGCACCCGCAGAUUGUGAUGCUCUUCCUUCUAACUCCUAUUGUGAAGUCGGUGACCUUUCAGGAAAGCAUGGGUUUAUUAAUACUACUUGCUUCGAAGCCAAGUAUACUGACCCAUAUCUUUCUUUGAAUCCCAAAUCUCAGUCAUAUAUUGGUGGUCGCUCGGUGGUGUUUCACUUUGCAAAUAAUACCCGAUUUGCCUGUGCUACGAUUCAAAACGUUUCUGGACGUGAAGCCAGGAACUACUUGGAUACGAAAGUCAUGGUUUCGAAUUUGGAAAAGCGGUCGGAAGUGGAAUUCAAUGCCACUAGUAUUGCUACCUCCAGUGGUAUCGAGAACAAAAAAGUUGUGGAGUACUUGAGACAAAAUCCAUACUUGAAUCACUCUAAUGGUACACUCAAGACCUUGGAUUACUCCGAUGCUCUCUCGAGAACCACACCUUUGUCACUCACCGGCCUCCUCGUGCUUGCGGCAAUCUCAUUACUCUGA